AUGGAUGCCGAAUUGAAUCAGGAUGAACCUCCCCCUGCGUAUACUGAGAUCGAUGGCCGUAUCAACAUCGACCUAGAUUCGAAGAUCGCUCGAACUUUGGCCAGCUUUGUUCCGGAACCUCCAGCAUAUAGUCCUCCCCUGGACCCAAGGCAAUCCCCCAUUGCACAAAAGUCGUGGAAGAUCCGUCUUAACAUUGUCAUUCAAGUGGUCGGAUCGAGAGGCGAUGUCCAACCAUUCAUUGCUUUAGGCCAAGAGUUACAGUCUUAUGGUCACCGAGUACGCAUAGCAACGCAUGACUGCUUUGCUUCUUUCGUUGGUGCAUCUAACCUGGAGUUCUAUCCCAUCGGUGGCGACCCACACGAUCUUAUGGCUUACAUGGUCAAGAAUCCUGGCUUGAUCCCAUCUAUGAGCUCCUUACGUGCUGGUGAUGUCCAACGGAAGCGCACAAUGGUGGAACAGAUGCUGAGUGGCUGCUGGAAGAGCUUCACGAUAACAAACGAGAGAUGGGAUCCAUUCACUAGUAUGGGGUCAUCUGGCUUCUCCACUAUCAGGGGCAUGGUCACCUCCGCGGGAGACAUGGUAGCCUCUCCGUAUUCCGCAGUUCAAAAGGCAUCUCCCGAAGAUUCCGCCUCGAAGACAACCAGAAAAGCGAUGGCCAAUUUCGGCAAAAGCUUUGGCAAAUUUAAUGGUCGACUUUUCCAUGGCGCGAUCGUGGACCUUCCCUUUGCUGUUGCUGAGGGCUUGCGAGCUGUGCCAAAACUUUACGGAGAGGAAGUUCAAUCACAUGGUGAAGUCAAAGAUGCGGCUAGCGGCUUCAGCGUUGGAGGCAAAAACUUCGUGCAAGGGAUGUCGGAUGGUAUAUCUGGUCUUUUCACAAAACCUAUGCAAGGCAUGAAAGAGGAGGGUGCGCUCGGCUUUGCAAAGGGCACAGGAAAAGGGGUCCUCGGACUUGCUACGAAGACAACUUCUGCUGCAAUCGGGAUUGUGGCAUAUCCGGGACAAGGGAUCUCGAAAUCGGUAAUUGCACCAUUCAAGUUGAUGACAAGAAAAGCCAUCAUGUCACAGAGACUUGCCGAAGGCGAGCACAUGAGCAGCAGUGAGGGUUUGAAGAACGCGGAUGUAUUACGAAAGUUUGAGGAGCUGGUUACGCAUGCGUCCAAGGGUAGAGGAGCUAUCGAGGCGUCCGGAUAUUUCGUUUGA